AUGGCGUUGCGCUAUUAAGUCGCCAGAGCGCUACCUGCCAUUGGAGGGGCACCUGGGAUUGAUGAGGCGCGGGAGCCAAUGAGACUGCGCGGAAUGAGCGAACGGGCUCCAGUUAAAGGGGGCAGAAGAGGAGAUAGAGUCAGUCCACGGCGAAACAGGGACCCUCCGCCGAUAAAGCGCUCAGCUCGAGCUAUAGAAAACAACCCGUUCCCAGACUGGACCUCGGUGAUUUUUUUUUUUUUUUUUUAAUAUCAUUGUUAUUGAGAUGGUCCAACCACUUUCGCUCUGCGUGCGCAGAAGACGUCUAGUAAGAUAAUUGUUUUAUUCAAACUGUAUUUUUUUUCCCUAUUCUUCCCAAGUGUCGUAGUCAGGAGGAGAAGACACGAGGGAAUCCUUCACUUUCGUUUGGAUUUUUCGAUCCCAAGUAAUUUCGAAAAUAUUUGAUCGAUAGUUAAGUUUGUAUCUUUUAGUUAUGAGCGGAGAGGCGCUUUCGAUCCCCGCCUGAUAUGGUGUUUCCAAAGCUGGAAGUUGCAUCGGUGCGCGUCAACAUUUGAUCCUUUUUUUUCCUCUCCUCUCUUUUAAUUACUGUAACUAAAAAAAAAAAGAAAGAAAGAAAUCUGCGCUGGUUUUGAAAAGCAACAAAUAAUGUUACUGGAUGCUGGCCACCAGUUCCCCGGACUGGGAGUGGGCUCGUUUGCCAGGCAUCACUCUGCGAGCGAGAUGCAGGACAGAGACUUGAGUUUGGCGCAGAACAGCUUUGUAGACUCCGCACACAUGGGUGCGUUCAAGCUGAACCACGAUCUCUCCCCGGGACAGAGCUCUGCCUUCACCACCCAGGCGCCUGGCUACCCCGCUGCGGCUCUGGGGGCCCACGCCGCCCAUGUCACGUCGUACGCGAGCUCCCCCUUCAACUCCACCAGGGACUUUCUCUUCCGCAGCCGCGGCUUCGGAGAAUCCUCUCCGGCGAGCGGCCAGCACGCUAUUUUUGGCCCCACGGCGGGGUCCCUUCACCACUCCCACACAGACACUCAGAGCCACAUUCUCUUCCCCGGCAUCCACGACCAGCACGGCUCCCACGGUUCCCCGAAUGUCCUAAACGGCCAGAUGAGGCUCGGGCUGCCGGGUGAGGUGUUCGGGCGCUCCGAGCAGUACCACCAGGUCUCCAGCCCCAGGACCGACCCGUACUCCGCCGCGCAGCUCCACAACCAGUACGGCUCCAUGAAUAUGAACAUGGGCAUGAACAUGGCAGCCCACCAUCACCAUCACCCCGGUGCCUUUUUCCGCUACAUGAGGCAGCAGUGCAUCAAGCAGGAGCUCAUCUGCAAGUGGAUCGACCCGGAGCAGCUGAGCAACCCCAAGAAGUGCUGCAACAAAACUUUCAGCACCAUGCACGAGCUGGUCACGCACGUCUCCGUGGAGCACGUCGGCGGCCCGGAGCAGACCAACCACAUCUGCUUCUGGGAGGACUGCGCCCGGGAGAGCAAGCCGUUCAAGGCGAAAUACAAACUGGUGAAUCACAUUCGGGUGCACACGGGGGAGAAGCCCUUCCCGUGCCCGUUCCCCGGCUGCGGCAAGGUCUUCGCCCGCUCGGAGAACUUGAAGAUCCACAAGAGAACGCACACAGGAGAGAAACCGUUCCAGUGUGAGUUUGAGGGCUGUGACAGAAGAUUCGCAAACAGCAGCGACCGAAAGAAACACAUGCACGUUCACACGUCGGACAAGCCAUAUCUGUGCAAAAUGUGCGACAAGUCCUACACACACCCCAGCUCUCUACGAAAACACAUGAAGGUCCACGAAUCCACUCCAUCUGCGUCAGACUCAUCGCCAGCUGCGAGCUCCGGCUACGAAUCGUCCACACCCCCGGGCCUGGUGUCCCCCACCACCGAGACGCAAAGCAACACCACCCUGUCCCCAGCAUCAGCUGUACACAACACCACCAGCCACAGUGGCCUGUCCUCCAAUUUCAGUGAAUGGUAUGUGUAGGACUGAACUCGAAAAAGCGAAGCCAAAACACAUUUCACUUCACAGCACUGGCCCCGUUCCGCAGGAUUUUCUUGUUAUUUGGACACAAACAAAACCCCCCCAAUACCAUUUAUUUUUUAUUUCAUUAUCCAACCAGGCAGGGCGAUAAUGACCAGCAGAGGAAAAUGUGUAUAAUAAAUUUGGUGGGGGGUGUGUUUCAUACUGUAAAUAGGAAGUUAAAAAAAAACUUCCACGUUCCCAUUUGGUUGUGGUAGUUUUGUCAUGUCUUUUGGUGUAUAGAUGUUCCUUCAGGUAGCUGUUUCUCUAACUGGAAUCUUAGUGCACAUAUUACCAUUAAAACUGUACUAUAAUGUUGACUAUUGUGAUCCUGAGGCAAACUGAUUGUACUAUCCUUAAAAAAAAAAACAUCUAUAAACUGGAGAGAGUGCCAAAGUUAACCUUCUAACUCCAACAGACCACAAUAAUCAUGAUCGUGAAUGUAUAUUUUAGUUUGCUGGGGCUUAACUUGUGAUGUUUUUGUGCUUUGCAAGUUUGAAUUGUGGAGAAAAAAAAAGAGAAAACACUAUCUGGAAAGAUUGUGAGGUCAAAUAAUUGUUGUGCCGUUUUUCCAACAUUUUUUUUUUAAUUUUAAUUUUUUUUUGUUUGUUUGUUUGUUCUGUACCCACACAUCCUUUCCAUUUCUUUUUUUGUAAAUAUCAGCUGCCAUAUUUAUCCAUUUGUAAUUAAAUUAUGGUAUUUACUUGCUACAGAUGAAACAGUAUUUAUAAAAAGAAUGUUUCUUUACCUAUAAAUAUGUACAAUGAUGAGCUAAAAACACAGGCAGUUGUUUCGUUCUGUGCUAAUUUCUGUUCAAAGUUUUAAGAGGUGUUUCCUUCCAUUAAUUGUGAUAAGAAUUUUACUGCUUACAAAUAUAAUAAAAAGGUGUUGCAAGUGCUUAGUAA